AUGACAGAAAAAUCAAAAGUCAAAGUAGCCGUCAUAGGAUCAGGCUUGGCUGGUCUAUCGGUAGCUUAUUUAUUAACAAAAGGAUCAGAUAAAUUUGAAGUUCACUUGUUCGAAAAGAAUACUUCGUUAGGGAUGGAUGCUUCUUCUAUCUCGGUUGGUCCCAAUAAAGAGCAUCGAAUCGAUGUACCAAUGCGAUCAUUCAUGUCUGGCUACUAUUCACAUCUCUUACGAUUAUAUAAUCACCUACAAAUUCCUGCCAAAAAGGCAAAGUUCAGUUUCGGAUGGUACAAGAUCCAACAAGACACAGCACAGCAGUACGCCCCAACCGAAGUGGCUUCAUUUACUAAAAAUGAACCAUACUUGAUAUACAGCGGUGCACGUACUGUAGGUUACCUCAAUUGGAUCCAGCGUAAUACACAUUCGCUCAUGGGCUCAGUUCAAGCCCUUGUUACUUUUUUCUGGAAUACCUGCAUUGUCGCAUUUUCUUACUUUCAAAUUCUAUUAAUAUCACUCUACAUGCAUCACAAGGGUCAUUUGAAGGACCCUACGCACGAGAUAUGUAAUCUAACUCUAAAUGAGUUCUUCAAGAGAUACUAUAUUCAUGAAUAUUUUGCAUACCAAGUCUUUGUGCCGCUAUUUGCAGCAGUUUGUACCAACUCACACCAGUCCAUGCUACAGUAUCCUGCAUCUGAUAUUCUAGAAUACGUGGCACUAGGCGUAUUUGAAGAAUCGUAUGUGGCAGCGUGUGGUGUUCAGCAAGUUGUCAAGCGACUCUCAGCUCCACUAGAACAUAUUCACCUAAAGACUCAAAUCACCAAUAUUCAGUUUGACCCAUCUUCUCGUCAUCGAUACCAAAUCCAGGAUGAAAAAGAACAGUCGUAUGAUAUUGAUCACAUCAUUUUUGCAACUCAGGGUAACCAAGCGGCGAACUUACUAAAGCAUCUGGCCCAUUCUACCCCAAAGCUCAAGGAAUCGCUCAAAGAUCAGAUCGAUAUGCUCAGCAGAUUCCAGUAUGAUUCUGCCUUAGUCAUCAAUCACACAGACGUUCGUGUGCUGCCGAGGAAUCCAAGUCAUUGGAGAGCUCUCAACUUGGCCGUGAUUGACAGGAGCGUAGACCCUGGUGACAGUGAGCUCAUCGUGCCGUAUCCUCACGACACAACCAUGGCCACACAUAUCCUCAACAUGACGCACAACCAGAUGCCCCAAGAGAUGAUCUAUAUGCAGACGACAAAUCCGUGUCUUAGCGUAGAUCCGGAAAAGGUACUUUCUGUUGCCUGGUUUGAACGCGCGACGGUAACACUGGAUUCUAAGCGAGCACUGCAGACCGGUUUAUUCACCUUAGAGGACGGUGAAUAUGAACUAGGACCCUGUCAAGGCAAGAACAAUAUCUGGUUCGUUGGAUCAUACUGUUGGAAGGGAAUUCCAUUGCUCGAAGGCUGCGUGGCAAGCGCAGAGUAUGUGGUCAUCAAAGGCAUUGCACGCUAUGAAGGUGUGUCUGUCAACGUGCCUUGGUAA